UUGCAGAAAUUCUAGUAAGGAGCAUUUGACCAUCUAAUCUCCAACUCUUCAACCUUCCAAUAUCAGGAUUAGAAAAGAGUGCCUUCAGAAUCAAUAUGUAGCAAAAGGGUAUUGUGCUACUGAAGCUCCUCCCUCAAUCCAAUUGUUUGCAUUUUAAGGAUCCUUGUAGCUUCAGCAGCAAAUUGUCACAUUAAAAAAGUGGAUUUCAUGUGGUGCUUGCAAAACAUUGAAUCGCCAUGAGUAGUAAUCUAGGAAAAGAAAAAGACUGUAAAGAGAAGGAUCCAAAAGUCCCAUCUGCAAAAGAGAGAGAGAAGGAGGCCAAGGCGUCUGGAGGGCUUGGGAAAGAGAGUAAAGAAAAGGAGCCUAAGACCAAAGGGAAAGAUGCCAAAGAUGGAAAAAAGGACUCCAGUAGUGUUCAGCCUGGGGUGGCUUUUUCAGUGGACAACACGAUAAAACGACCUAAUCCAGCCCCAGGCGCUCGCAAAAAAUCCAGCAAUGCUGAGUUGAUCAAAGAGCUAAAUAAAUGCCGGGAAGAGAAUGCGAUUCGCUUGGACUUAGCCAAGAGGUCUAUACACAUGCUUCCAUCGUCUAUCAAAGAGUUGACACAGCUAACGGAACUUUAUUUAUAUGGUAACAAACUGCAGUCCUUACCGCCCGAGGUGGGCUGUCUCGUGAAUCUGGUGACACUGGCACUGAGUGAGAACUCGCUUACCAGUUUGCCUGACUCUCUUGAUAACUUGAAGAAAUUGGCCAUGCUUGACUUGCGGCAUAACAAACUUAGAGAAAUUCCUUCGGUGGUGUACAGGCUAUGUUCUCUCGCCACUCUUUAUCUACGCUUUAAUCGUGUAACUACUGUGGAAAAGGAUAUCAAAAACUUGUCAAGACUCACCACGCUUAGCAUACGAGAGAACAAAAUUAAGCAACUACCUGCUGAAAUUGGUGAGUUGUGUAACCUUGCAACGCUGGAUGUAGCGCACAAUCAGCUUGAACAUCUUCCAGAGGAGAUUGGGAAUUGCACGCAGAUCACCAAACUUGACUUGCAGCACAAUGAACUCUUGGACCUGCCAGAAACUAUAGGAAACCUGUCUAGUUUAAGUCGUCUUGGCCUGAGGUACAAUAGGCUGUCGUCAAUUCCGAAGUCGUUUUCAAAAUGCAGUGAACUUGAAGAACUGAAUUUGGAGAACAACAACAUUUCUACUUUACCAGAGGGACUUUUAUCCAGUCUUGUGAAGAUGACUAGUUUAACACUAGCCAGGAAUUGCUUCCAGUCGUACCCUGUGGGUGGUCCAUCACAAUUCUCUACAAUCUACUCUCUCAACAUGGAACACAACCGCAUCAAUAAAAUCCCCUUUGGAAUUUUCUCUAGAGCGAAAGUGUUAAGCAAGCUGAACAUGAAGGACAAUCAGCUGACCUCUCUUCCUUUGGACUUUGGAACUUGGAUUAGUAUGGUAGACCUGAACUUAGCCACUAAUCAGCUCUCAAAAAUUCCUGAGGAUGUCUCUGGGCUGGUUUCCCUUGAGGUUCUUAUCUUGUCAAACAAUCUUCUAAGGAAACUUCCCCAUGGCAUUGGAAAUCUGCGGAAACUGCGAGAAUUGGAUCUAGAGGAGAACAAACUGGAAUCCUUGCCAAAUGAAAUAGCUUACCUUAAGGAUCUGCAGAAACUAGUUUUGACUAAUAAUCAGUUGACCACCCUUCCAAGAGGAAUUGGUCACCUUACCAAUCUGACGCAUCUUGGGCUUGGAGAGAAUCUUCUUACACACCUUCCUGAAGAAAUUGGUACACUGGAGAAUCUGGAAGAACUGUAUUUGAAUGACAACCCCAAUCUACACAGCCUUCCUUUUGAGCUGGCUCUCUGCAGCAAACUAUCAAUAAUGAGCAUUGAGAACUGCCCGCUCAGCCACCUUCCGCCUCAGAUCGUUGCUGGGGGACCCUCGUUCAUCAUUCAGUUCCUAAAAAUGCAGGGACCAUAUCGUGCCAUGGUCUGAUGCAAAUCGGAUUGUCCCAUACACUGUACAAAAUCCAAACUGCAUUAAUGUUACCAUUAUUUAUAUAUACAAUAUGUGCAUCAUGUAUUGUAUUAUAUAUAUAAAUAAUGUAAAAGGCAAAUCUGAGACUGUAUUAUGUGUUUCUGCUAAUAGAGGAAUCAUAGCCAUUUAGAUUUUUUUUAUUCUGUAAAAAUGCUUGUCUAAGUUUUCUUUGCUGAAUUUGAUGGAUGUUUGUCUGAGUAAUCUGGAAAUGCCAGUUCACAUAAAGUGAUUGCCAACAAAUUCAAAAAAUUAAAUUUAAAGGAGAAAAAUAAUUUUGCUUGCAUCUACUUUCAGUGAAGAAACAUGCACACAAUCUUAUAGAGUGAACGUUUGUUUCCCUCCUCCUUUUGUGUUGAACCCAGUAGGAUCGUAUGUCCUGAAGUUGGGAUUUUCUUUAACUUAUUUUGAGAUCUGAAACAAACGGUGUUUUUAUAUUGUUUACAGUCAGAGUAAAUCACUGGAUUUUGUUUUGUUUUGAUUUGCUCUGUUUUAAUCAAUCAUAUCUAGAAUUUAUAUGCUUCUGCUGAAAAAUUUUUAUUGACCGGUUUAUAUACUAAAAAUAUUCACUCAUCAAAACAACUGGUAGGGUGGAAAAGAUGCAGUCAAAAAGAGCUUGAAUUCUUUUAAGUCUUGCUUCUCUGUGGGCAUAACAUAUCUGAACCGAGCCUUUUGCGGUUGAUCUUUUCUAGCACAAUUAACCUUUUCAGAUUGGUAAAAAUAUUAAAUGGUCUCAGUGAAAAGCAGUUCUCAUUUUGUGAAGUUACAAUUCCAUAAGGUCUAACAAUAGAGUUGAAUGGCAAGGAAAUAAUAUAUACAAACCUUUUUUAUUAUAAUGUUAUCAUGAAUUACAAUGAGCAAUUUUAAGGAUUCCUCACAGUCCUUGUACAAAAAAUGAAUGUGUCUUACUUUUAAACACUGCAGUUAUUAUAUGUAAGUUUUAAAGGUGGUUAACAAUGUACUAUGGUUUUAUAUCUUGACUUGCCUUGUACCUCCUUCCAUGAUGGAACCUCUGUGUCCAAGCACAAUAUCUUCACACUGUGCUGUUUUGCUGCUGAACUAAAUGCACUUUUCCCCACUGCUUGGGGCACUUGCUUCAAAAUAUUCAGUUCAGUACCACGGUUAUGCUUUUAUAUAACCUCAUCCUGUCAACUUCAGUAUUAAAACCGAUGUUAUAAAGAGGCACUUUUUUUUUCAUUUGUGCAUAGAUGGUAGCAGCUCCAUAGGAAUACUGUAAGUGGUUCACACACAGUUCUGUUCCCUUUAUCUUGGUUGCUUCAAGGCAGAACAUGCUUCAGUGAAAUGCACACCGCUGCUGCUCAUGCAGUGCCAGUUCCCCUUCUUUUCUUUAAGAAGGUGGAAAGUCUAAGGGCAGUUGCAUUCCAGUUGUUCACUAAACUGUCCAGUUGACUUGCAUGAUGGAUUGCUGCGGGGGUGUCAUGAGCUAGUGUAUCUUUUGAACAAAAUGCAAUAGUUGAUGCCAUGAGAAAUGUAUUUCCCAUGCAGAAAUUUGAGGAUAUGAUUUCUGGCUUUAAGAUUGUGCUUAAUUUUAUGUAUUGCCUUGUUCCGGUUUUCCCAACAUUGACUGUCACUUGUGUUCUGUUUUGUCUGAUGUCUUUUCAUUAACAAGGAGCCUCUUGAAAGGCAGGUGGAGAUAUAAAACCUUAGAGGACUUAAACAUGCUGUAAAACUAUCGUAGAUGUCACUGGAUUUUACAAAGUAAUGUCCUUUCUCUUCCCUUGUACUUUUUUUUUUUUUACAUCUACUGUAGCUUUUCAGUUUAGAUUUUAGUUUAU